AUCAAAAGGAAAACGUACAAAUUCAGCUCCAAAGAGCGAGACCCAUCUGAAGAAAUUGGGAUUUCUUCGAUGGCGAUCUCGCUCAAAUCCCUCUUCUUUCUCUCUCUCCUGUUUGUUUCAGGUUCUGCGUUUCCUCCCCUUCUCAGUCAAUUCUUAGAUAAUGCCGGUGGAACGGCCGAUCAAGGCAUCACCAAUGACGGAGGAACAGACGCAGACGAUGACAUCGCCGCUACCAAGAAACAGGUUGCCAAUGGGAACACUGGGGUUGCAAAACCGGAUUUUCAGACUAACUAUUUGGGUGAGUGGAAGAUACAUAGUCCGAACUCGGGUGUGUCAAGCAUGCAAAUUCAAUUGUUGCCAACCAACAAGGCUAUCAUGUACGACUCAUCGAACCUCGGUCCAUCAAAUAUUCAAUUGCAGCCCGCCGGAAAUUGUCGACCCAUACCCGAUAGGCCGGGUCAAGUCGAUUGUUGGGCCCAUGCCGUGGAGUAUGACGUUGAGACUGCCGAAGUCCGGCCCCUUAAGGUUAUAUCAAAUACAUGGUGCUCGUCGGGAGGUCUCACGGUCGACGGAAGCCUAAUGAGCACCGGCGGGGCUGACGAAGGAAAUCGCUCUGUUAGAAUCCUCAACCCGUGCAAAGGCUGCGACUUUCAGGAUCGCGAGAAGGCACUUGCCGGCGCUAGAUGGUACGCGAGCCAAGAGAAACUAGAGGACGGCAGUUUCAUCAUAUUCGGCGGCCGCCGCGAAUUCACCUACGAAUACCUGCCGAUCAACUCCCUCACCUUCACUCCGAGAAGGGUGAACCUGACAUUCCUCGGCGCCAGUAUCGAUGGAGUAGGCACCACAGACAUAUACGAAAACAACCUCUACCCUUUCGUCCACCUCCUGCCCGACGGCACCAUUUUCCUCUUCGCCAACCGUCGCUCCGUCAUCAUCGACACCAAGACCGACACUGUCGUCCGUGAACUCCCCCGAAUGCCCGGCGGCUCCCGGAACUACCCCGCCUCCGGCACGUCCGCCCUCCUCCCCUUGAAGAUCUCCAAUGACGGCGCCCCUGUGCAGGCGGAGGUGAUCGUCUGUGGCGGCGCAAAGCCGGAAGCAGCGGAAGCGGCCGAGAGGAAGGUGGGGGCCGUUUUAUUGCCGGCGCUGACGGACUGCGGCCGGAUAUCCCCGAUGAAUCCCGACGCAAACUGGGCGAUGGAAAACAUGCCUUCGCGAAGAGUGAUGGGAGACUUGCUUUUGCUCCCCACGGCGCAAGCGCUCAUUCUGAACGGCGCCAUGGAAGGCGUUUCGGGGUGGUGGAUUGGGGAGAACCCCAACUAUACGCCGGUGCUUUACAGCCCUGACUUGCACCCCACGCACAGGUUUAAGAGCUUGGCGCCGACGAACAUCGCGCGAAUGUACCACUCGUCAUCGGCCGUGCUGGCCGACGGGACGGUUCUGGUGGCCGGGAGUAACAUGAAUGACAGAUAUGUAUUUAAGGUCGGGGCCCUCGGGGGUAGGGUCAAGCAUCCGACGGAGUUGAGGGUCGAGAAGUUCUCGCCGCCCUACUUGGAUCCCCUUUUGGACACCCACAGGCCUACCAUUGCAGAAGGUACUUCGGACAAGAUAUUGGCCUACGGAGGGCAAUUCAGGGUCGAAAUCGAUCUCGAAGAUGCCGCCGGGGCAGAGGAUUUGAAGUUGACCAUGUUGCACCCACCAUUCACAACCCACGGCUACUCCCAGAACCAGAGGAUGCUUGUCUUGGAGCCAGUUAGUUACGUGAACGGCGUGAUCACCGCGGUGGCACCGGCCUCCGGAAAGCUUGCUCCGCCGGGGUAUUACAUUCUCUAUGUCGUGCACCGUGGAGUUCCGAGUCGCGGAAUGUGGAUCCAGAUAAAUGAGUAGAGAAAAUUUGAGCUGAUCACAAUAUUGAUUUGUUUCUUGUUUUUUUUUUGAACAGCAAGAUUGAUUUGUUUGUUUACAACUU